GCGUGGUCACGCAGCCCUUCUUCCUUCCGCCGGGGCAGCUCAACCAGUUCGGCUCUGCGCACAGUGUGCCCCGUGGACGCGUCUCGGGCUUGGAUCCUGCCCGGUGCGCAAACUGUACCUCCGCAUUGCGCACCAUGACGCUUCCCGGGGCCCGGGCCGGGGCCUGGGCAGCAGCAGCCAAAGUGGCCCAGAGGCGCCGCCGCGCGGAGGGCGCGGGAAGAUCGCAGAGUCCUGUGACUGCCAGCCAGCGCGCGGCGCUUUACGUCCACUGGCCCUACUGCGAGAAGCGCUGCAGUUACUGCAACUUCAAUAAGUACAUCCCCCGCGGCAUGGAGGAGGCAGCUAUGCGGAGCUGCCUGGUGACUGAGGCUCAGACUCUGCUGCGGCUCAGCGGGGUACAUCGGGUGGAGUCUGUGUUCUUUGGCGGGGGCACUCCCAGUCUGGCCAGUCCCCACACUGUGGCUGCGGUCCUAGAGGCGGUGGCCCAGGCAACUCACCUGCCUGCAGACUCCGAAGUCACGUUGGAGGCCAACCCCACUUCUGCCCCAGCCUCUAGGCUGGCAGCAUUUGGGGCAGCAGGAGUCAACAGGUUGUCCAUUGGCCUCCAGUCCCUGGAUGACACCGAGCUCCAGCUGCUGGGGCGGACACACUCGGCCAGCGAUGCUCUGCGGACACUGGCCGAGGCCCGGGGCCUGUUCCCCGGGCGCGUGUCUGUGGACCUGAUGCUGGGGCUGCCGGCGCAGCAGGUAGGGCCGUGGCUCAGGCAGCUGGAGGACCUGCUGCGCCACUGCGACGACCACAUCUCCCUCUACCAGCUGUCCCUGGAGCGGGGCACUGCCCUCUUUACCCAGGUGCAGCAGGGCGCCCUUCCUGCCCCAGACCCCGAGCUCGCUGCUGAGAUGUACCAGGAGGGACGGGCUGUUCUUCGGGAGGCUGGCUUCCGCCAGUAUGAGGUCUCCAACUUCGCCCGGAAUGGGGCGCUUAGUACCCACAAUUGGACCUACUGGCAGUGUGGUCAGUACAUUGGUGUUGGGCCUGGGGCCCAUGGGCGGUUUAUACCCCAGGGGGCUGGGGGCCUUGCUCGGGAGGCACGGAUCCAGACCCUGGAGCCUGACAGCUGGAUGAAGGAGGUGAUGCUGUUCGGUCACGGUACCCGGAAGCACUCCCCGCUGGGCAACCUGGAGCUGCUGGAGGAAGUUUUGGCAAUGGGGCUACGCACAGACGUGGGGAUCACUCACCAGCACUGGCAGCAGUUUGAGCCCCAGCUGACCCUGUGGGACGUGUUUGGAGCAAGUGAGGAGGUGGACGCACUGCUGCAGCAGGGCCUGUUGCUGCUGGAUCGCAGGGGUCUCCGGUGUUCCUGGGAAGGCCUGGCUGUGCUGGACUCUCUGCUGCUGACCCUUCUACCUCGACUCCAAGAGGCCUGGCGGCAGAAAACCCCCUCCCCUGUGCCAGGAUGACCGAUGUCCUGCAUCCCAGCCCUCGUCCAGAUGCGUGCAGGGUCUCUGCCCGUUAGUGCUCCUGGCACAGAAGCCGUUUCGCAGGCCGCCCGCUCCGCCUCUCGCCCUGCCAUAAGCGAUUUUCCGUGUCGUUACAUGGCCAUCAUCUUGCUCAUUUAAAUCGUUGCACAGUGUUCCAAUGAGUGAAUAAUGUAAUGAUUAUUACCCUAAUGUGAGUCGCUUAAGUGGGCCCCCGUUUUCCUCCAUUAUAAAUAAUGCUGCAGUGCCUGUUUUAUGGACACAGCGGCUUCCCUCAUUGGAGUCAUUUCCUCAGAUUGGCCCCCAAGAGUGAGAUAGCUGGGUCAAAGGGCAUGAGUGCUCUAAUAAUUCUGGCUGUGUCUUGGAAUAGUGUUUGACAAAGGGUUUUUCUUUUUUAUAUUUUCUUGCUCAAAAAUUAUAACGUGCUUUUCUGCUUUACAACUA